AUGAAUGAUUAUUUUUCUAUUGUAUCAACACUUUACUCGUUUUUCACCGAAUCAGGUGUGACCAAUAAGUUCUUUAAAAAAGCUCAAGAAGAUUUACAAUUAACACAAGCCUCAGUUUUAAAAUUAUGGGCUAUUACUCGCUGGGAUUCCAGAUGGCAAUCUAUCGAAUCUGUUAUUAAAAAUUAUCCAGCAUUAAUACUAGCAUUACAAGAUUUAAUUGAAGAAGAUUCAGGAACAAGAUCGAUAAAUGCGACUGGUCUUUUAGUCCACUUGAAGAAAUCUAUCUUUACUAUUUCAUCAUUUAUACUUCAAAAACUAUUGGGAAUUACUACAAUUCUUAGUGAUCAAUUAAAAAGUCCAUCGCUUGAUUAUGCUCGAAGUGAAUAUCUUAUAUCUUCAAUAAUACAACAAAUAGCAGAUUUAAGAAAUCAACAAUCAUUUGAUUAUAUUUAUUGUCACGCUACAGAAUUUUGUACGUUAAAUAAGAUUGAUUUAGUUGAGCAAUAUAGGCCACGUCGAACAACAACUAUUCCGGCUCGAUUUGAAGAAUGUAUAAUUCCAUCUACACUUGGUCAACGUGAAGUAUUAUCAACACCAAUUGAUUUUUGUGAAAAUCUUUCUACGGUUUAUCCGGAUAGCGAAAAUUUUCUAAAUAUUGAUGAUGUUAAAAUGUUUUGUGAUCAUAUAGAUGGUGAUUUACAGGCAAUUAAAAAUGAAUUUCUGGUAAUUAAACCAAUGAUUAAAAGUAAAUCAGUUACUAAUAUUAUUGAAUUUUUGGAUGAAUUAUUGCCGAUGGUAGGUACAUUUCCGAACACUAUUCAAAUGAUUAAAGCUGCAAUAACAAUGCCAGUAUCACAAGUUACAUGUGAAAGAAGUUUUUCCAAGAUGAAAUUAAUAAAGACGUAUGCACGAAACACUAUGAAUGAUGAUCGCCUCAGCGAUUUAACAGUUUUAGCAACAGAACGUUCAUUUGAAAUAGAUUUUGAGCAAGUGGUAGAUGCUUUUGCAAACAAUCAUAAGAACAGUAGAAUCAUUUUACGUUAA